CCGUUGCGACGACAGGCACAGGCGCGCAACCUAGCGAUCGCACGAUCGGCACUCGAGAGCCCGAGGCGGACGGGAUUCCGUGGCGUGUCGUUGAUUUCAGUCAGUCGGCCACCGCGUACCGAGCGAGAAGUAUCGCAGCCGACGCCGUUAGUCCCCUUUCUCGAUGCUCUUCCGCUCGGCGGUCGCUGCUUUGUGACACCGUUUUGACGUUUGACGCCGGCGAUCAUCAUCCGAUUCCCCGCGAUUUCCUCGCUCGGCUGUUUGUUUUUACACCUGCCUAGAUACUUACUUUUGCCGUUACUUACGUACCGCGUUUCCUCUUCGUCCGCGCUGUGAUUGAUUUCUGUGCACCGCUACUGUGAUUUCAAGGAUACGGUGAUCGUUCCGCCUGACCGCUUGCCUCGUCGUCGGAUCGGUGCUGAUCACAUCCGACCACACAGUGUUCAAGAUCAUUGAUACGACGAUGGAUACGUAAACUGGGCUGCAAAUGCCGUUUAAAGAAUCGCACUGGAUGCGGUAGAGCUAGGAUGUCGUCGCAGUGUAACCACUUCGUGCAGAAUGCCUGGAAGAAGGAGCUCUGCUCGAAUUGCUUCAAACCCCGUGAGGAGCAUUCAGAAACCGUCGAGAACAACGCCAGGUUCAAAGGAAUAACGGUGACGACGAAGACGAUGAACGUCGAGGCGAUGCCGCAGGGGAUCCUCAAGGGAAAGACUUCUUCCAGGGGGAAGAAGCAAGUCGCGUUUCCCGAUUCGUUUACGGAGGUGAUCGGGUACGGCGGUGACGAUUUCUCGGACUCGGAGGAGUUCGAGAUGAGCGAGUCUUCGCUGGGCUUGGAAGACGACCUUCCCGACGGCGAGGAGGAGCGAGCACUCUGCAACCUGACAAGGGCCAACACGAGCUUCAACACGGUCACCGCGAAUCUAUCCUCGAGCGGUACUCCAGACGCCAAGAAGUCUUUCGCCUCGUUGAUGCUGGGCAAACCGCGUAAGGACUCGGACGGCAAAAAGAAGACCCUGCUCGUCUCGGUGACGCCCUUUGGCGCCGGGGACGCGAUUGUACCGACGGCGAAACGGCCCGCCGAACGUAAAGCUGCCAACUUCUCGACGAGCAGACAUAUCGGCGAGAUCGCCGAUGCCAAGUCGGAGGUCACCCUGAAGUCGGUGAACAGCAUAGCCGAGGACAAGAUCGUCCGGGAUAGAAACGAGAAGGAGGCGACGACCGUUCAGCUCGAGAAGAACGGCUCCGCCCUCGAGAAGAUCGUCGACAUGCCUCUGAUCACGUCGAGCAAUCUUAUUUCCGUUAUACAGAAGAGUGACUCGCUCCAGACCGUCGAGGGCUCGACGAUUGCCGGGAGAACGGUGAGCAGCGAUCAGGCCUUCCAGAAGUCGGGCUUCGUCGCCAAGCCAAGCGCCGAUCGGAAGACCGGCAUCACGAGGACCCCCGCUAUAAAGAAGCAGAAGGACGCCGACAAGCCGGUCAAGCUCGCGACCCAGGGUAGCUACAAGCAGACCCUGAACUCGAAGAACGAGUACAUCGCGAGGACGAGUGCGGCGAGGGAGAACGAGAGCCACGCGAGGAUCGAGGAUCGGGAUGGUGAACCGGAGCCGAAGAAGACCUGGGGGAAGGACGUGAACACGAUGGAGGUACAGGCCGCGGAUGAGGAGGCUGGUGAGAACAAACCGGACGAAGCCGAGGCCCAGGGAUCCUUCGGGCCGAAGGUCAGCAGGGAGCUGGCCGGAGAACCGGACGGCAGAGCCGACGAGGAAGUCGUCGAACCACCAGCCUUGCCGCGGAGCCCGCCGCCGAUCGAGCCGCGGAAUUCGUCGUUCCUCCACAGCGUCGACGUGAAUAAGAAGUCGAAGCCCACGGUUCCCCAGAAGCCGUCUUUUCUGCCGCCGAAGGCACCGUCCGCGUUCAGGAACAGUUCUUGCGAAGCUUCGCGACCGGGGGCCAGAAGUUUUACCCUCAGGGGAACGCAGGAUCAGCAAAGUGUAGGCGAAGAGGAAGAGCCGACGGCGUUGAUCCCGGGAAGGGGGGAGGACACCGAGGAUGAAACGGGCCGCCCGACGCUCGCCGACGUUGACGGUGAUGCCGUAAGGUCGUCGAACAAACGACGGAUGGCCCCGAAACCACCGCCGCCGACUUACGCACCGACGUUCGACGAAGCCGGAAGUUCGCUUUUCGCGCGUAAUCCAGGCGCGGCUAAUCUAAAGUCCGACUCGCCGGUCGUCAGGGAAAAGGAGAAGCGGGAGAGGGCCUCUUCGUGCAGUCCGAAAUUCCGCAAGGACGCCACCGAGGAAGUCGCGGACACGCAGCCGAGCGAACAGUCGGGCUCGUCGGUCAUUGACGCGGACGCUCGCAGGAUGAUAUCCUUGUCUCAGGACAGCUUAGCCAAUAACGCCGAUAAAAUCGAGGAGAAGAAGAAGGCUCGGUCACGGUUCUCUCUCAAGAAGUUUCUCAGGAUGGGCUCGAAGAAGGACCAGGUCGACGGAACCCCCGGCUUCCCGCCGAGACUCGACGAUCCCCCAACUUCGCCUCAGCCAACGGCCAAACCUCGACUCGAAAUCAUACAUCCUCUGGAGCUCGACGGCGCCGCCGUUGAGGUUGUCAGUAGGGAACGCCUUCCCAGGAUCAGCAAGGACCAGAGAACCGACGAAUCCGGCGGCGAGACCGACCAGACCCAGCACCUCUCGUCGCUCUCUACCAGCCCCACUCAUCAUCAUCCCUUUGCGAGACCCGGGAAGCCGCCGCCACCUCCCAGGAAUCAGUCCCUCGACGAUUGGGCCCGAUUGGACCCGGCGAACAAGCCGGCACGGCCGCCACCACCGCGAACCGAGAUCAAAUCACCGAGUAAAUCGUGGCACCCACCGAAUCCUACGACGAGCCCCGACUCGAUCUACGCGAAUCUGGCAGCGGAGGAUGUUCCAGGUGAAGUACGGAGCGCCCUCGCCCCCUCAAAGCCUCAGAGGACGGCCAGCAUGAGGGACCAGGCGAUCUGCCAGCCCCCGGUGAAGAAGCGUCCCGCCGCGAUGCCUCCGAACCACGGGGACUACGAGCCUCUCGCCGGCCCUCGAUCAUCCACGACGGAGUCAUCGAAUCUGUCAAACGACAACCACGCGUACGAGUGCCUCUCCAGUUCUCCGGAGUGCGAUUCGUCCCUCGAUCUUCGACACGGAGCGGCGAGUCGUGAGGGAGCUUUUCAGGUGAACGGGAAGAGGAAGUCGGACAGCAGUGCUCUCGAUCCUGGAACCGACUUCGCCUACCACAAUCAGCCAUUCACCAGAUCGACGUCGCUGCCGUACUGCGGAAGCGAGACAGAGAGCGAGCUUUAUUCGCCGUACAGCUUUUGCACCGGGGACGAGGGCCCGGAGGACGACCAGGACUGGAAGAACGGUAAGGAAUGCGAGUCCAAGGUCGGAAGGCUGAGACAGCGGCGGGGAAGGAGCAUCGUUCAUCGAAGUCUCGAGGACAACUACGGAGCCGUCAUUGUUGCGAACCACGAAGCUCUGGCUCAGGUGUUGGAGCAGCUGAAUCAAACAUCCGGAAUCCCACCCGCGUUAAGAGGUCUGAAAACGGCGAGUCUGCGGCUGUCGGAUUUCGUCCUGGAUCAGAAUUCGUCGCUGCCGUUAGGAAGGAGGGUGUUUUACUCGGCUUCGUGGAACGGCAACUCGGUUACGAUUUGCGUAGCGCUUGAUCUGACGCUGCACGUAUCGCGGAAGGAGUUCAAUCUCGUACCGAUAAUCGAGUUCACCGACACGAUACCGGAAUUUGUUGCCAAGAAAAUAGUAAAUCACGGCUGGAACGGCAACGUCGAGGCCACGAUCUCGGUGCUGCCCCAUCUUCAGGUCACAACGAUCGACUCCUUCGCCGGAUCCGUGAAAGACACGGGUGACGAAGGAUUCGUGAGAGAGGCGUCCUUCGUCCUUUUGCAGCUGGUGAACGCCUUCAAGAAUCUGCAAGCUCGGGGGGUGGAGGAGGCACCGAUAAACUUGAGUAACGCCGUCCUCUGUCGAGAAGCCAAGGACGCUUGCUACAGACUCUACCUCCUUCAAAGCCUAAGCUCGGACACCAAUGGGGAAUGGGAACAGGGGAAGGCCUCCUUGUGCAAGUGCGUUCUUCGGGCUCUUCGGGAGCUGAGGCUUUCCAAGAGGCUGCCAUUGGUUCAGGAGUUGUUGGAGCGGGAGAGAACCGCCAGUUUGUCUCAGGUGAAAUCCGUCCUCGAGUUCUCCCUCUGGGGUCCUGCCGACGUGACUCUCGGAGGGCCGAGAGACCGCGAAAUGACGUUGCAAAGGUGGCUCGACCUCGAACGAGCGACGGUGCUUCACGCCCUGGUCAAGGCGAGGGCACAGUUGGCCGUCACCGACGAGUAUCACCUAUUAUUCCUCGUUCGCACUAGCGCAAAGAUCAUGUGCGAGGCCUCGAUGCUUUUGGAUGCCCAGCUGCGGAAAUAAGUUGGCAGGGUUAUAGAGGGAGAGAAAAAUGAAAUUUACCAGUGUGACGUUACAUACAGAUUGAAGAAUGACACAAAUUUACACAUAGAUAUAGUAUAUAUUUAUAUUAUAAUAAUGCUCAAUUUUAUUAAGGGAACAAAAUCGUAUUGAUAGACUAUUUCGAAGAAUUUUAACGAACAAUAACCAAUUGAAUACUCGCCGUCGCGGUUCGGUUUAAAUCAAGUCUCUACCCGCGAAUCGCGCCGAUUCCGUAAUCUCUUUUGUAAUUUAGCUCAUGUUUCUUCUCGAAGAUUGUUCGUGAACUAUACGCGAAAAACAUGGGAGAAUAAUCUCGAAGUUGCUUUUAGUAUUCUUUAUCGUCUCGCAAUUUUUCGCUGAUUGUCUUGUCUUUCAUUCCCCCCUCGCCCCGUUUCUUCUUGAACCACUUUCACUAGUGAACAUUAUCCAACCUCCCAUCCUCAUUUCAUCACCUUCAUACUAUUUAUCUAAUUUACAUUUUUCAAGCCACGUACAUUACUUUUGUUUGUACAUAACGAUAACUUUCAUAGUACGUACUCGUACGUAAAUGUGCAUAUACCUGUGUAUUAAUACGAGAAGCAGCUGGAUAAGAAAUGAACUGUAAUCAAAAAUUGGUAGUGUUAGGAGGUAUACGAAAUGAAUUUUGUAUAUCAUAUUGCAGUUUGUACUAUUGAAUAAAUAACCCAAUGACGUUUAAUCACAAAGUCGUCGGAAUACCGUUCCGAUGAUGAACAAUAAUACAGAUAUGUUGCCGGGAUUCGGUGGAUCAGACGUUGCCUUCAUUGUAAUUUCAUUGGACAAUUUAAGUAAGUCAUUAAAUUUUGCAAAUAUUUUAUUUCAACAGUAAUGAGUGACAGACAUGAUCAAACAUUCGAUAGAUUAUUAUAAAAAUGCGUGAUUUCACCAGAAAUUCACUUAAACUAUCGUUGGCUUUUUUCUGAGCGACACCACCAUGCUAUGCGUCUUCAUCCGGUACGGGUCCUAGCUCUGGUACCUGCCAAAUUAUUCAUAAUCAUAAUUUCAUGCAGUGUUAUUUCGUCGACCAUUUUUGCAAUCGACAAUGUUUCGAGAAAUACUAACGAGUUUACGUACCGCCUCAUCCACCACAUCGGUACCGUUUUCCCCUUCGGAUUCUCUGAAUGGAAAAUUUCACGGAAUGACUACUUUGCCAGAGGAAAUGGACUUGACUGCUGCGAUAAAAAUUGCUACUCACUUGUCGUCGGCAAAAUUGCGAGCGUAGACUCUAAGUAAAAAUUCUUCUUUUCCUUGAGGAUGCCAAAUUUGCGGAACGAUGCAGUAAGUACCGGCUUUCAGUUGCACCGAGUAACAGAUCUCGCGCCGUGGAAAUCCCCAGUUUUUAUUCACCGGAGU